UGCAUCUCCUACAGCAGCAGGUGAGUGUUGGUGACACAUUCACAGAAAAACCAAAGGCCAAAAUAUUUGUUUGGCGACUGUGAAAGUGAGGGAAAGCGAACGAAAAUGAGCGGAACAGCAAAGAAAGUGACAGACGUGGUAUUUAAAGCAUCGAGAAACAUAGAAUGGGAAGCGAUGGCAAAGUUUUUCGUCUCCGAUGAGACUCGAAAGGAGUUCGCCUCGCUCCGUCGCGCUUUUGAUGAGGUUAAUUCCACUCUCCAGACCAAGUUCAGCCAGGAACCUGAACCCAUAAAAUGGGAGUUCUAUAGGAAAAGUAUCGGCUCGCGCUUAGUGGAUAUGUACAAAGAGGCUUAUGACAGCAUAGAGAUCCCUAAGUAUGUGGACACAGUUACUCCACAGUACAAGCCUAAAUUUGAUGCAUUGUUGGUCGAAUUGAAAGAAGCAGAGCAGAUUUCCCUAAAAGAGUCGGAGCGUUUGGACAAAGAAAUUGCAGAAGUUCAAGAAUUAAAGAAAAAGCUUAGCACCAUGACUGCUGAUGAGUACUUCGAGAAACAUCCAGAGCUAAAGAAGAAGUUUGAUGAUGAAAUUCGUAACGACUACUGGGGCUAUUGACGACGCUGGUAUUUAUAACACCAAAUCAAUCCCCUGCCAAAUUAGGCACUUUAACAUGUCCUUGUUCUUUUCACGAUAAUAAAUAUCAACAAAUUCUUUCUUCCUAUUUCGAUUGCUCUCAAUUUGUAGAGCUUUGAGCUUCUAAAAUGUCCAUGUCAAAUGCUAGAUUUCAGGUCAGAAAGCAAGAAUAAUUUUAUGAAGAUUAUGCUCUUGUUCAAUCAGCAUAAAUAAUCAAUCCUUUUAAGCUCUGUUUUUUCUGCUAUGAUCUGUAUCAUGUUCUUGCCCAAUUGAUUUGGAUAUUAUCCGAUAUUAAGGGUUGGGUUGGAAAAACUAGUGUAAGAAUUCAAUGCAUUGAAAUAAUUGAAUUGAA